UCAUCAGAUGUGAUAGCGGAUCAGUGGAGAAGUGCGGUGCGGAUGAGAGAUGCUUUGAUUCGCCUUCAUGUCAACAGCCUGAACAGCAAACCAAACCAAACCAAACCGACGUCUCGUGCUUUCACAUGAACGGAAUAAAAUGCAGCCGGACGAGUCGCAGUAUUUGCAACGGAACUGUAGGACUGGUGAUAUAGAUGUGCAUCCAACAGAAAAGGCUCUAGUGGUGUACUAUGAAGUGGAAGCAUCCAUUUUAGGAGAGACAUGCAAUGCCAGGCAUGAGGAGAAGAAAGAGUGCCAGAAAAUCAUCCGGCUGAGGAGUCUGAAUGCCAGCACUGAUAUUUCCGCCCUGGCCGGGAAGGUGGUGGAAGAGUGUAAAGUCAUUCAUCCAUCAAAGCUGGCGGAGGUGGAACAUCUGCUGCUGUAUUUACAGAACCGAAAGAAGCCCAGCAGUAAAUUGGAGAAAAAGGAAAAGAAACCAUCGAAACCCAGAGAACUUCUGCCAUUUGAAGGAAUGGAAAUUGAUGAGGAGGCCAACAUUAAUAAAAUCGAUGAUUACAUUGAGCUGUUGUAUGAGAGCAUCCCUGAGAAGAUUAGAGGCUCCACUCUGAUCCUGCAUCUGGCUCAUAUCCCUGAUAACCUGGAGGAGCUCCUACAUAAUGAGAUUGUUCUUGGAGCUCUGGCCCGGGUACUGAGAGAGGACUGGAAGCACAGUGUGGAGCUAGCAACUACUAUCGUCGACAUCUUCUUCUGCUUCUCAAGUUUCUCACAGUUCCAUGGACUCAUUACGCACUAUAAGAUUGGCGCACUGUGCAUGAACAUCAUCGAGCAUGAGCUGAAGAAAUAUGACCUGUGGCAGGAUGAGUUAGAGAAGAAGAGCAAGGCUUGUGACGAGGACCCCGAAAACCAGAGAUUGCGGAAGGAGCAUGAGAAAACCCUUAAGAAAUACCAAAGCCUCCUGGUCAAACAGGAGCAGCUGCUGCGAGUUGCGUUCUACCUGCUGUUGAAUCUGUCUGAGGACACCCGCACGGAGCUCAAGAUGAGGAACAAGAACAUUGUGCACCUGCUGGUCAAGUCUCUAGAGAGGGACAAUGAGGAGCUGCUGGUGCUGGUGGUCUCCUUCCUCAAAAAGCUCAGCAUCUUCUUGGAGAACAAGAAUGACAUGAUUUUUUUUCUCAUCUUUUCUGUAGGUGAUGACACACACAAGCACAUAGCGAUGCGUAUCCUCUACCACAUCAGCGUGGACGACAAAUCUAAAUCCAUGUUCGCGUAUACAGACUGCAUUCCUCAGCUCAUGCAAAUGGUCUUUGAACAUGGCGAAGAGAGAAUCGACACCGAGCUCAUUUCCUUCUGCAUCAACCUGGCUGCUAAUAAGACUAACGCUCAGAUUAUCUGUGAGGGUAAUGGAUUGAAGAUGCUGAUGAAAAGAGCACUCAAACUGAAGGACCCGCUGCUGAUGAAAAUGAUCAGGAACAUCUCACAGCACGAUGGACCUCUGAAACAGCUCUUCAUUGACUAUGUGGGUUAUCUGGCUGCUCAGAUCAAACAGGAGGGUGAUGAAGAGUUUGUUAUUGAGUGCUUGGGUACAAUGGCAAACCUCACCAUACCUGACCUGGACUGGGAGCUCCUGCUGAAAGAGUACAACCUGGUGCCCUACCUCAAAGACCACCUCAAACCCGGCUCAGCAGAGGAUGACCUGAUCCUGGAGGUGGUGAUCAUGAUCGGUACGGUGUCAAUGGACGACUCCUGUGCCGUCAUGCUGGCUAAGUCUGGCAUCAUUCCUGCUCUUAUUGAGCUGCUAAAUGCCCAACAGGAAGACGAUGAAUUUGUGUGUCAGAUCAUCUACGUUUUCUACCAGAUGGUCUUCCACCAGGCCACCAGAGAUGUCAUCAUUAAGGACACUCAGGCCCCAGCCUACCUCAUCGACCUUAUGCACGACAAAAAUGUGGAGAUCCGGCAGGUUUGUGACAACACUCUGGACAUUAUUGCCGAGUAUGAUGAAGAGUGGGGGAAGAAGAUCCAAAGUGAGAAGUUUCGCUGGCAUAACUCACAGUGGCUGGAGAUGGUGGAAAGCAGACAGAUGGAGGACGCCGAGCCAUACCUGUACGGAGACAACCCGGACGCCCUGGAGCAGCCCGAUCUCUUCUACAGCACUGACGGUAUGAUGGCCCCAGAGCCAGGCCUCAGUCCAGACUUCUACAGCCAGUUCCACUCUCAGAAUGGAGACUUCAACACCUGCAAUGGAGCCGACGGACGUCCUGCCACUGCCUACGGCUUUCGACCUGAUGAGCCUUUCUUCCACGGCUACGGCUCCACCAGAUAGAGCUGCUGCAUCUUACCGUUCACUACAAGACAACUUUUUUUCUCCUACAAAACUCAAACGUUUCAAACCAACCAAUCUCUUCCAGAAAAUGUGGGCCCACCCUUGGAUUUAAAGGCAGGAUUAAUAGCGAGACCCCAGUAAAAUGCUUGGUGAUGCUUCAUAAUAACUUUUAAUUAUUCAUUAAUAAAA